GUGAUCCGAGCCCUGGGCUGUGGGCGCCCGGGCGCCGGAGGCUUCCCGGUGCGCUCCGCCAGGUAACAGCGUUCGCCGGAGGGAUGGACACCGGUCUGCCCUUGGCGCAGACGGGGAAGGAGCGGGCGGGCGGCCAGGUGCGCGCGGGCUCCUCUGCCCCGGGGUGCCGGGGCCUCUCUAUGCCAAGCUUUGGGCACCCGUCUGGAUGCCUAGAUAACGGUUCAGGAUGGGACGUUCCGGGUUAGAAGUCGGGCGUGGUCGAGCAGUUGGGCACUCCCCCGCCACCCUCCGGGAUGCGACCUUGCUGCUGGCUGGGAGCCCCCGGCUGCAGCUCUCCCGAGGCCCGGAGCCAGACGCCCGCCCAGGGCCGCGGCUCUCUGGGAUGGGGGAGCCCGGGUACGGAGCUUCGAGGGCCUGGGAACCUCCCAGACUCCACACCAGACACGAAGGCUCAAGGUCACAGAGCUGUGUCUGCCGUUUACAAAUGCCUGUUUUUUUGUUGGAGUGUUUGUAAAUGGGCUACUGUUUUCUCUCUUGGGCCAGGGAAUUAGGAUUCAGAGAAGAGGACUCUAAAAAUACUAAUCGCCGAGUCCCAAUCAGCUGAUCCGCCUUACUGGCCAGUGACCCUGGCCUUUGAAAGGAAGUAAGAGGGACAGCGCUUUUCACUCGGGUACUUUGUAUGUCUGGCCUUUACUCUGAAGAUUGGCCUAGAAGUUUCAGAAAAUGUGUCUUAGAACUGAACUGACCUUUUUUUCCCUGUUCCCUAGUUCUAGUUUAAACACAUUCUUCAGGUUAAAAAGAUUUCCCCACUUACUGGUCUCUGAUGGACACUUACUGUUUUCUUGAAUAGGUACCUGAUUUCUCAUGAAAGCUGGACAAAACUUGCCCUUUGCCCGAGCCCUCUCUGGAUAACAUUCCUGGGAGUGGCUUGUGUAUUGAGGUGUGUUGGUCUGCAUUUGUCAGAAAAGGGUGAGCGGUUAAGUGCAGUCAUGCAGAUAAUUCCUGCAGAGAUGAGAAGCGUCCUGGACGUGUUUGAGAUUUCUUUUCUUAUUUGUACUUUCAACAGAGGAGCUAAAUAAUGUAUAUUAACAAGGACAUAUUGGUCCUUUUUGGAGUCUCUUCUGCAUGUCUAAAGAAACUCAGUGUUGAUUAUUGUUUAAAUGUAUCAGCAAAAAUUCUACAAUGUAAGUUUUCUACCUUUACCAGUUAUCUACCUGGCUAUCUAUCUAUCUAUCAUUUUGAGACAAGGGCUACUGUGUAGCCCUAUCAGGCCUGGAACUCUGUGUUGACCAGGCUGCUCUGCUCUUCUAGGUGAUCCUCCUGCCUCUGCGGCUCCAGUGCUGGGAUUACUGGCAUUUGCCAGCCACUUUGCUUCACUUUUAACUGAAUACAUGCCUUAAGGAUAUUUUUGUAUCUCAACGUUUACUUAAAAAUCCUUUUGCUUCCUUGUUGAUAAAUAAUAGAGUUGGGAUGCCUUCCAAGAUGUCUGGAGUCUUUGCUUGGCUCUCUGUUUACAUUUGCCUCAAGUUUUGAUUUUGACUGAUAAACCUAUGACCCAAAUCCAGACCUCAGCCAAAUUUAGUUUCAGCUUAACCACAUUAAAAUGCCUGGUGUCAUGUGACUUCUAGCAGAAACCAAAGUGAUAUUUAUUUAUUUAUAAAUGAGAGCUUCGUCUUUGUGUGCGAGUGUGUGUAUACACACACACAGCUACACACACACACAAACACACACGUAUAUGGAUGGAGGCCCGAGGUCAACCUUUGGUGAUAUUCCUCAGCCCCUGUCUACCUUGCUUUUUUGAGAUAGAGUUUCUCAACAGGAAUCCAUCCGUCUCUAUCUCCCCAGCACUGGGGUUACUAGUAUGCACUGCCGGGCUUGGCUUUUUUUUUUUUUUUUUUUUUAAAGAUUUAUUUAUUUAUUAUAUGUAAGUACACUAGCUGUCUUCAGACACACCAGAAGAGGGCGUCAGAUCUCGUUACGGAUGCUUGUGAGCCACCAUGUGGUUGCUGGGAUUUGAACUCCGGACCUUUGGAAGAGCAGUCGGGUGCUCUUACCCACUGAGCCAUCUCACCAGCCGGGCUUGGCUUUUUAACAUGGAUUUGGAGCUGGAACUCUGGUUCUCAAGUUUCCCAACUGAGCUUUCUUCACUCCCCUGUGUGCAUGCGCGCAUGCGUGCGUGCGUGCGUGCGUGCGUGCGUGCGUGUGUGUGUGUGUGUGUGUGUGUGUGUGUGUGUGUGAGAGAGAGAGAGAGAGAGAGAGAGAGAGAUCCUGGGGAUUGGACCUAAGGUGUCACAUGUGAAAGGCAGGUGCCCUACCACUGAGCUGUACCCCAAGUCCUUUCUCAUUCAUUCUGUAAGAAGCCCAGGCUGGUGGUCUUGAACCUGCUAUGUAGACUAAACUGACUUUAAAUUUGACAUCCUCUCAACUCAGCCUCCUGAGUAGCUGGGAUUAUAGACACAUACCACUAUGCCUGGCUAGCAAUGGAACUCGUGAAGUGUGAGCACAUUACCAGAUACAUGGGCUUCAUAGACCGUGUAUCACUGUCUGAAGCAGGUAAUCUCUGAAAGGUUAUUAUCGAUAGAUAUUUGGUCAUCCUUAGUUGAGUAUAGAGUUCGCUUAAAGAUUCAGAAGAGAGUUGCUGGUUUCCAGGUCACAGCUUUCAUCAGGUGCCAACAUCGAAUCUCUACUGGGCUUGGAGUUAUAAACGAAGCAGCCACAUUUACAUAGAAAAGUCUUGGAUUCGUAUGUAGUGAAGCGUUUCAGUAGCCUGUCAUCAUAUUGUUUUAUAGUAGCAACUGGGGCAUGUGCACAAAAUGAGCGGCUUCUGGUUUCUUGGGGUACAUUCUUUGUUCUCUUGGUUUUGUUCUCUCUGUCAUAGGAUGGCAGUAGGUCUCUGUGUGCAGGUGCUGUGCAGCCUGGGUGGCUGGCUCUCACUCUAUACAUCUUUCUGCUGCCUGAACAAGCACCGAAGCUGUGAGUGGAGCUGUCGGCUGGUGACCUUCACCCACGGAGUCCUCUCCAUAGGUCUGUCUGCUUAUAUUGGCUUCAUCGAUGGCCCUUGGCCUUUUACCCACCCAGGCUCACCGAACACACCUCUCCAAGUUCACGUUCUGUGUCUUACCUUGGGCUACUUCAUCUUCGACUUGGGCUGGUGCAUCUAUUUCCAGUCCGAGGGUCCCCUGAUGCUGGCUCAUCACACACUGAGCAUCCUGGGGAUCAUCAUGGCCCUAGCACUUGGGGAGUCGGGCACAGAGGUCAAUGCUGUACUCUUUGGAAGUGAGAUCACCAACCCGCUGCUCCAGAUGCGAUGGUUUCUCCGGGAAACUGGCCACUAUCACAGUUUCACGGGGGAUGUGGUGGACUUCCUCUUUGUGGCUCUGUUCACUGGUGUGAGGAUUGGUGUGGGCGCUCAUCUCCUUUUCUGUGAAAUGGUCUCACCCACCCCCAAGUGGUUUGUGAAGGUUGGGGGUGUGGCGAUGUAUGCUGUGUCUUGGUGCUUCAUGGUUAGCAUCUGGCGCUUUGCAUGGAAGAAAAGCAUCAAGAAGUACCAUGCGUGGAGAAGCAGACGGAAUGAAGAGCGGCAGCUAAGACACAAUGGGCAUCUCAAGACACACUAGUCAAGGCUUGUCCCCAGUCAGUGGAUUGGAUUGAAUUGGUCAUGGGACCAGGGUCAGAAACAGAGCUAAGCUUAUAGGGCUUAGAAAGCGAGCACUUAGGUUUCAAAAAAGGGCUAAAGGUAUGGUUAUGACUUCAGUCAUUUUCCAGGCUAAGCAUAUGCAGUCUUGAAACACCUACUCCUGUAGUGGCACUUGUACACCCUCAGUGAUGAUUGACAAGUGGGCAGAGCUGUUUAGUGAUGACCACUGUCACUUGUUUUUUGGGUCCCCAUGUUCAUUGGAGACCUUGGUAUUCAGACAUCUCUGAAAAGAACUUGAGUCAAAUCAGUGCUGUUUCUUGUUCUUUUGGAAAUAACUCCUUCCCCACACUUACUCCUGAUUUCCACGAGACAUUUUAAGUAUGUUCAUCCCAUGUAAAGGGAGGGACUCUCAGGAAGGGGCAUGGGUCAGGCAUUCAAGUAUCUGUGAAUGGGAGCUGUUAUGCCAAGAGGGACAGAGAGGAGGGAGUGAAGCUAACAAUGGCAGGAACUUCUCACUGCGUCUCCCUUCACUAACUGUGCCAGAGGUUACCAAGGACACCCUCGGCUUCCAUGAUUCAUCAAGAAGACUCAGGGCUUUCAUCUGCAAUGAUGAAAGGAUACGGAGAAGACUCAGCAAAGGGAAAAGAACCUUUGUCCAAGCUCAUGGGAUCUAAGCACUCGCUUCUAGUCUCUUGCUUGGAUAUACAGGAGUGAUUCACAACAACACACAUGAAAGUCAUCAAACACUUGGUGUCCCAAACUUUGAUGGCAGUAGGUCAUGUGCUUCUAAGUAGCGUGAGGCAACAUUCCAGAUCCCCCAAAGCGGUCAUUUGGCAUAAGCCAUAGUGUUUCAGAAACAGUUUAGGAACAGUGAGGCAAUCUUAACAGUUUCUGGUGGGAGCCCUCACCAACGUUACAAGCAGGCCUUUGCAAGGAUAGCAGCUCAGGGUUCCUGUGUUAACUCUGUGUGCACAGAAACUGUAGAGCUAGUGCUUCAGAUGCAAGAUGAGUGAGAUGUGGGUAGAUUUAGAUUUACUUGGUCCAGUUGUACGGGUUCUGCCCGACCAGGAAGAGUAUGCCAGUUCUCAGGGCUUUUGUGAAUUAAUCUGCUAGGCAUGAGAGGCCAUGGCUAAAUUCCACGGGGAUUUACCAUGUGGAUUCCACUGUACUUGAGAUGGAGUUCAGGUUUCAGCUCCUGGUACAUACUGCAAACUAGAACCAAAGAUUUUCAUGUAUGUGAUAGCCUCAGGCUCCUUCCUUCCUUCCUUCCUUCCUUCCUUCCUUCCUUCCUUCCUUCCUUCCUCCCUUCCUCCCUUCCUCCCUUCCUCCCUUCCUCCCUUCCUCCCUUCGUUUCUUCUUCCUCUACCUCCUUCUUUUCUUACUUUUUCUUUGUUUUAGAUCCCCCCCCCCCCCUUAAAUCACCUUUUCCCUUCUCCUGAGACACUGUCUUGCUUGUAUAGUUCAGGCUGGCCUUGAACUCUAUUUUUCCACUUAAGCUUCCUCAGGGCUAGGAUUACAAUCCUGUGCCACCAUGCCUGGCUCCAAUGUAGGGCUUUAAUGGAAAAAAAAAAGUAUUAUCUGUUUGUGCAUUUGUUGUCUUUCCUAUAUUAUUUAGAUCAAUGGUGACUGGUUAAUUCAGGUGGUAAGCCAGGAGAUGGUGCUACUGAAGAAGCAAGGUUAAAGGUCAGAGAGAAGUGUCAGCCCAUUCUAUAGUCACUGGGGACACUAACCCAGUGAGCAGCAUUACCUACAAAAACCAGUCACAAGGGAGGUUGAAAACGUAGACAUUCUUGCAAAUGGAAAGGUUCUUUAACAGUAAGUAGCUAAAGAGGUAUCUUUUAGCUGUCGGGCUUUCGUUUUUGUUUUCUGGACAGAUAACACCAUGCUUCCUUUUCUCUGAUUUGUGUCAUAGAUAUGUUGGUGUGUUCCUUUGAGAAGUCUUUUUUUUUUUCCUUUUUCAGAGCUGAGGACCGAACCCAGGGCCUUGCGCUUGCGAGGCAAAGCACUCUACCCAAUCCCUGGUGGUGGUGUGUUCCUUUCCAGCAAAACUGUGGGCAGAACUGGAAACUGGGGAAUGCUGACUUCAGCAAAAGCAGAGUCAAUAAGAGUGGCUUGGCACAUAGGCAUAAAGAAAAAAACAAAACAAAACUGGCUUUUGUAUUUUGGCCCCGUGUAACCUGCUCCAGACCAGACCAGGGAGCAGGCUUAAUCAAAUUCAUGCUGGUUCCUUUCUCCCUCCCUCCUCAGAAGGAAAGGAUUGUAGAUCUUUCUGUUUGAGGCAAACUCAAGCAAAUGCCUGUAGGUUUUUAUUUAUUUAUUUAUUUUUGAUAACAAGGCACCUGAACGAGCGAUAAGUGGGGAGGAAUUCCUCAUUUCAGCUCUUCUUGAUGGUCUAACUAGUAACUAUGAGGAAAGUCAGAGAUUAAAAACCUCUUGAAGAUGACUCAGCAGUUAAGAGGUUGCCUGUUUUUACAACCCAGGUAAAUGAAGGGCAGACUAGUGUGCGAUGUGUCCCCAGACACAAAAGGGGACACUUAUUUGCAUUUGAAUUACUGUGUAAUCAUCCCUGAUAUUGCUCAAGAAGGAUUUAUAUUUCAAUACGAUUUGUACUAAAUUUUAUAGAAAUAAAAUAACUUUCUAUAAACCCAGA